CGCCGAAAGGAGCGGUGAUCUCAGAAAAAUUUAUUUCGCUGUACAGUCCGUUUGCCGGGUUGUCACCAUGGCAAAUAAGCGGGUUUUCUUCGACAUCACAGCUGACGGCUGCCCUCUAGGCCAAAUUAUUAUUGAGCUGAGAUUUAAUGUUGUUCCAAAGACCUGUGAAAACUUCUUUCAGUUGUGCACUGGACAACCAGGAUUUGGUUACAAAGGCUCUGGCUUCCACAGAAUCAUCCCCGACUUUAUGUGCCAGGGUAGAGACUUUACCCAUCACAAUGGAACUGGUGGAAAAUCUAUCUAUGGAAACAAGCUUGCAGAUGAGAACUUUACUCUGAGGCACACUGGAUCAGGAAUUCUGUCUAUGGCCAAUGCUGGCCCUAACACAAAUGGUUCCCAGUUUUUCAUCUGUACUACCUUAACCAGUUGGCUAGAUAAAAAGCAUGUUGUGUUUGUCUCAGUUAUGAAAGGCAUGAAUGUUGUGAAAAAAAUGGAAAGCUAUGGUUCUCAGUCAGGGAAGCCCAGCAAGAAGUGUGUAAGAAGGGAAAAUGGGAACACAAUCUAA